AUGCUGUCUAUCAAGUCUCAGGUCCCGCACAGAAAAGAUGACAGGGUGAUACUGCAUUUCGACUAUGACUGCUUUUAUGCUUCGGUCUUUGAAGCUGAGAACCCAGCCCUGAAGGACAAGCCACUGGCUGUACAGCAAAAACAAAUCAUUGUCACUUGUAACUAUGAAGCCCGCAGAAGGGGUCUGCGCAAACUACAACUCAUCAAGGAGGCCAGAGAAAUAUGUCCAGAUGUGAUCAUCGUACUUGGUGAAGACAUCAGCCGUUUUCGAGAUGCAAGUAAGAUGCUAUACCAGUUCCUUCGAAGCUUUUCAUGGAGCGACAGGGCAGAGAGACUAGGUUUCGACGAGGUGUGGCUCGACGUCACUGACAUGAUUGAGUACAACAUCUCGUUAUUGAACCAGCAUGAUUUGUCGCAGUCCUUCUUUGUCCUGCAGAAAGAUGAUCCUACCCAAGGGUUUGCUUUCGACGCUAGCUGUUACGCGGGCCCCAGGUACCCGAAUAGUACAUCCACAGAUGAUGAGAUCCUCUCUCUGAGGCUGAAACUUGGGUCCCACCUGGCAUUCCACCUCCGCCAUGAGCUUGAGAGGAAGAAGGGUUACACAUCAACUGUUGGCAUAUCGACCUCCAAGCUGUUGUCCAAGCUGGUUGGCAACAUGCACAAGCCUCGAGACCAAACGACGCUCAUACCACCAUAUGUUUGCCGAAAUGGACAGGUAAGCAACGUUGAAUCUUUCCUCGACGACUAUGAAAUCGGAAAGAUUCCUGGUAUCGGAUCUAAGCUUGCACAAAAGAUACGCCGGCAUAUCCUGCAACAUGAACCAGACUUUGAGAAAGGCCUUGUAUAUGGAGAGACCAAGGAGAGAGUUUUCGUAAGAGAUGUUCGCCUUGCUGGAGAUAUGGGCCCAGAGACACUGGAGAAGGUACUGGCCGGUCCCGGCUCCCCUCAUGGCAUCGGAAACAAGAUAUGGGCGCUCCUGCAUGGUAUUGAUGGUACAGACGUGAGCUUCGCGAAAGCUGUGCCCAGUCAAAUCUCGAUCGAAGACAGCUACAUCCGUCUCGAUACUUUGCCUGAGGUAUUGAAGCAGCUCAAGAAGCUAAGUUUCAGCCUCAUAGAACGAAUGCGCAUAGAUCUUGUUGCUGCAGACGAUGACGAAACUAACCAGUCUCCACGAGAUGCACAAUCGACAAAACAGAAAGUCAGGUCACCAGGCAAAUGGCUCGCUCAUCCCAAGACUAUCCGCUUGUCUACCAGACCCCGUAUGCCUCUCAACCCAGACGGUACGCGCACUCGAAGUUUCAAGCGUAUCUCCCACUCUGCGCCAUUGCCCAAUUAUGUCCUGUCACUGACAGAAACUAUUGAUGCACUUGCCGAAAGACUUGUUCACGAAACACUCAUAGGCAUGUUCCGAAAACUUCAUCCAGAGAAAGCUGGAUGGAAUCUAAGUCUGGUCAAUCUCGCCGUAACAAACAUGGCAGAAGCUGGCGGCGAGAGCAAGACUGCCAAUGGUCGAGAUAUCGGCAGCAUGUUCAAGCGUCAAGAGACAGUCCAUAAGGAGUUUACGGCGUAUGCUGAUGAGCAAACGAACUCACAAGAUGAAGAGCAAAUGAUGCCACAAGCUGAACCAGCCCAACGGUCAAGCCUAGAAGAGUCUAGCUUCUUGUUGCACUCGAAUCACGAGAUGGACGACAAUGGCUGGAUAGAAGAAGAGAACGAGGAAGAUGGAAGAUGUGGCCUUUGUGGCAUGUCGGUGCCUUUGUUCGCCAUGCCUGCUCAUCUAAGAUUUCAUGAGGUCGUGGAUGAAUAG